AUGGGUGUUUGCGAGAAAGACCACAAAGGAAUGAUUUUCGUGGGACCCAGUGCAUCUUCUCAUUUGAGAUAUCACCGAGAAGCUGUGAGUGAUGUCAUUGCCCUGUACUGGAGAAGCACUGGGAUUGACUAUUUUACAUUACCAUUCCUAGUUUAUGCUGAUGCUGCCUUCAUCCAUGCCUGUGAUUGGAAUCCUCAUGCUGUACCUGCUCUUGAAAAAAAUCUAGAGAUAAAUGGAGUAGCAGAUCGGUGCCAAAUAUACUUUGAAGAUAACGGGAAGCUGAAACUGUUGCACAUUGCUGACAGGAUAGUUCUUGGGCUGGUCCUUAACUCUGAAGAAGGCUGGUUCAUUGCCUGCCAAAUGUUACACCAGGACACUGGAGGCAUUUUGCAUGUCCACCGAAAUGUGGAACCUUGCCUGCAGAAGAAUCUAGCUCCUGGAAGCAGGGACAUAGAAGAGAAGCAGCACUGUUAG